CCAGCUGAAUUUUUUUCUUCCUCAAGUUGGUUAUAUCUAUUAGAAGAUUUUUCGACCCCAAAUAAUACAAAGAAUGUCAACUAUGGGAGAAUUUGACUCAGACUUUUAUCAAUCUAAUUAUACUAUUGACAAUCAAGAACAAAGUUAUGAUGAUGCAGAUGUUUAUGGAAAUCCAUAUGGAGUCAGAGAACAGCCCCACCCUGCAGCUUUUGCUCCUCCAGAGAUGAUUGCAUCUUCAGGUUACGCGGGACAAGUUUUUCAGCCAACAUAUAAUUCGGAUUAUUAUUCACAACCAGCAUAUGCAGACAGUUUCGAUGAAGAGCCACCUUUACUAGAAGAGCUUGGAAUAAAUUUUGAUCACAUUUGGCAGAAGACACUGACGGUGUUAAAUCCUCUGAAACCAGCAGAUGGCAGCAUAAUGAACGAAACUGACCUCACCGGCCCCAUUCUUUUCUGCAUAGCUCUGGGAGCGACUCUACUUCUGGCGGGAAAAGUUCAUUUUGGCUAUGUGUAUGGCAUGAGUGCCAUUGGGUGCCUUGGGAUUCAUGCUUUACUGAAUUUGAUGAGUACUUCAGGAGUGUCAUAUGGAUGUGUUGCAAGCGUGCUGGGUUACUGUCUGCUCCCUAUGGUCAUCCUGUCCAGCUGUGCCAUAUUCUUUUCACUGCAGGGGACAAUUGGGACGAUUGCAGCACUAAUCAUCAUUGGAUGGUGUAGUCUAUCUGCAUCCAAAAUCUUCACUUCAGCACUGACUAUGGAAGGACAGCAACUUCUAGUUGCCUACCCUUGUGCCUUACUUUAUGGACUUUUUGCUCUUUUGACUGUUUUCUAAUGUAUUCAGAACAAUCUUACUGUGUGCUUUUUGUUUUCAUUUCUAGUUGUUUUAGAAAGGGGUUAGCCUCCUACUUUAAUGACAUGAUUUCUUUUUUAUUGUUAAAUAGAUCAUCAUAAAGUGAGAAACAGAAUGACCCUUAAAAAGAUGGUAUAGGGUAGAAGCUUCUCUCCCUUGAAAGACAUUUUUUUCUUUACUUGUGAAAUAAGAUCUAAAAUAAAAUUAUCCUAAAAUAACAA